GGCGUCUUCGUCUGUGGCCCUCUGUCCAAUCAGAGAAGCGCUUGUUGAAGGUUUCGCGCAUGCUCAGAAGUCACCUUCUCAUGUGUUUCGUACGCAAGCUCCGGUGGAGGUCACUGUGAUCUAUCAGUGCAGUCGGACUGUCACAUUGCUGCCAUGGCAAAGCUCUUUGAGUCUAUCGGAAAGCUGGGAUUGGCCUUGGCCAUAGGAGGAGGUGUAGUAAACUCUUCACUUUUCAAUGUGGAUGCGGGACACAGGGCGGUCAUCUUCGACAGGUUUCGAGGUGUUCAGGAUGCUGUCGUUGGGGAGGGCACACACUUUCUAAUUCCCUGGGUUCAGAAGCCAAUCAUCUUUGACUGCAGGUCCCGUCCACGCAAUGUGCCUGUCAUCACUGGUAGCAAAGAUUUGCAGAAUGUCAACAUCACGCUGAGGAUCCUCUUCCGGCCAGUUGCUGCACAGCUGCCGCGGAUUUUCACCAGCAUCGGAGAGGACUAUGAUGAGAGAGUGCUGCCCUCCAUCACCACUGAGGUUCUGAAGUCUGUAGUGGCCCGUUUUGAUGCCGGUGAGCUCAUCACUCAGAGAGAGCUGGUGUCCAGGCAGGUCAGCGAGGAUCUGACAGAAAGAGCAUCCACCUUUGGCCUUAUUCUAGAUGACGUCUCCUUGACACAUCUGACGUUUGGCAAGGAGUUCACGGAGGCUGUUGAGAUGAAGCAGGUUGCACAGCAGGAGGCUGAGAGAGCUAGGUUUGUUGUAGAAAAGGCAGAGCAGCAGAAGCAGGCGGCCAUUAUAUCAGCGGCAGGAGACUCUCAGGCUGCGCUGUUGAUCGCUAAUUCUCUGGCAGAAGCUGGUGAUGGCCUGGUGGAGCUGAGAAAGCUGGAGGCUGCAGAGGACAUCGCCUUCCAGCUCAGCCGCUCACGCAAUGUUACCUACCUCCCGUCUGGACAGGGAACGCUGCUUCAGUUACCACAGUGAUAGGGAAACUAAAGACACACACACACACAUACUCGCUUCACUUCUUCUUCUUCUGCUCUAAGCUUGGCUACUUUCAGAAAAGGUGAUGUCUGUAGAAUCUGAUCAGCCUAUAGGCAAAUUUUAAAGAGACUAAAAUACCCUGUGUUUUUCUCUCUUUUAGUUCAAGGGCUUUUUUGCUCUCUUCCUGAAAGUAUGAACUGCCACAGGGUGGUUUCAGUAUUUUCUAAGAGUGAAGGAGAACCCAGGGGAAGAGUCUGUGUGUAUGUAAAUGUGCUCCAGGUGCAUAUAUUUGCAUUUGGAGACAUUUUCUUGGCUAAAUGCGAGUCGAUGUUGUUUGAAACCCAUACACGGAAAUUGAUCUACAUGCCAUGCAAAGCUAAAUUAAAUUAUACAUUCAUAAGUAGUGAGUGCUGGAUGAUUGACACAUCGCACCAUCUGCUCCUGCCGGAACGACUGUUGUUUUUGGGUUUGAAUGUGUUUUUGUUGUUGUAUGUGGCAGAAGGAAUGCCCUUGUUUAACAAGUGGUGAAUGGAUAAAAUAAUCAAUAAACAAUUGUUCAUUUAUACUAAAUCAAAA